AUGCGGGGUAACGAGGGGUUCUUCGAAGGUGGUGGGACAGGGAAUCAGAGCAAAGAGGGGACAAUUAGGGCAACGGACAGCGAGGGCAGUGAGGGGCGGCAUGAGACUCACAGGGAAACGACGAGCCCUUUGGGGCUGCAGGUGACGCCAGUCCAUGCAGAGCACGCCGUGGUGGCGUUGCUGUUGCCCACCCAUAUGCCCCACGCCGCCGGCAGCUGCAGCAACGCCCUCACUGCCGGCAACAGGGAAGUGGGUACGAGAAACAGAGGCAAAUUACUGCCAGCACAUGCGCCUGGCGCGUCGCGCCUUACCUACCGUCUAGCUGUCCCUUACUCCUUUCCGUCCCUCUCCCUCUCACCCCGCCGUCGCGCUCUCUCCCACCCCGCCAUCGCGUCUCUCUCCCUCCUAGCCGCCGUCUCCGCUCCCUCCCAUCCCACCAUCGCCCCUCCAUCCUUUCCAGCCGCCGUCGCUGCUCCCUCCCAUCCCGCCGCCGCCUCUCCCUCCUCCCGCCGCCGCCUCUCCCUCCUCCCGCCACCGCCUCUCCCUCCUCCCGCCGUCGCCCCUCCCUCCUCCCCGCCGUCGCCUCUCCCUCCUCCCCGCCAUCGCCUCUCCCUCCUCUCCGCCGUCGCCUCUCCCUCCUCUCCGCCGUCCCCUCUCCCUCCUCUCCGCCGUCGCCUCUCCCUCCUCCCCGCCGUCGCCUCUCCUUCUCUCCCUGCCGUCGCCUCUCCUUCCCGUCGCCUCUCCUUCCCUCCCUGCCGUCGCCUCUCCUUCCUCCCCGCCGUCGCCUCUCCUUCCCUCCCCGCCGUCGCCUCUCCUUCCCUUCCCGCCGUCGCCCCUCCUUCCCUCCCCGCCGUCGCCUCUCCUUCCCUCCCUGCCGUCGCCUCUCCUUCCCUCCCCACCGUCGCCUCUCCUUCCCUCCCCGCCGUCGCCUCUCCUUCCCUCCCCGCCGUCGCCUCUCCUUCCCUCCCCGCCGUCGCCUCUCCUUCCCUCCCCGCCAUCGCCUCCGGCGACGGGUGCACGAGCGCAAGCGCGGGUUGGUGCGCGGAGCGCGGGUAG